AUGGAUACCAAAAUCAUUGAGAUGGCAGCCCUGGGAAGGGCCCUGUAUCCUGGCAUGCUGUACGACUGCCGCAAUGACUCUUUUAUUCCAGGUAUCACUUUAUGGGACAAGAAUGCAUUGCGUGAUGAUAUUGACGUGCUUGAUCAGACUAAAACAUUUGUCAAGCUUGCUGCUUCUGACAGUGUCAGCGAUAAGGCCAACCUUUUAAAUGUGAGCGCUUCCCUAAAAGCUAGUUUCUUAGGUGGAUUGGUGGAGGUUGGAGGAUCUGCCAAGUACCUGCAAGAUACCAAAUCCUCAGCACGUCAGUGCAGAGUUACUAUGCAGUACAGCCAGACAACAAAAUUUGAACAACUCACUAUGAAGGAGCUUGGUAAUAUCACCUAUCCAAAAGUAUUUGAGCAGAAAACAGCCACUCAUGUAGUUACAGCUGUACUGUAUGGUGCUUCUGCUUUCAUGCUGUUUGAUUAUUCAAGUUCAGAAAGUGAGAACAAACAGGCUGUUGAAGGAAGCCUUCAAGCAGUGGUCAAGAAGAUCCCUACUAUUUCAAUUGAGGGGCAAGCAUCCCUGAAGUUGUCCUCCGAAGAAAAAAAACUAGCUGAAAAUAUAAAUGUCACAUUUUAUGGUGACUAUGAGCUUGAUGAAAACCCCACCACCUACACAGAGGCUCUGAGAGCAUGCAAGAAGUUGCCUGGUCUGUUGAAGGAAAGAAACAGUAAAGGUGUGCCAGUGACUGUGUGGCUGUAUCCUCUCACACUUUUGGAUUCUAGGGCUGCUAAGCUGGUGAGAGAAAUCAGUUUGAGCCUGGUGUCUAAAACAGAAAGUGUGUUGGAGGAUCUCGCUGAAGCAGAAAGAAAAUGCAAUGAUUUACUCAGAAACCCAAUUACAGCCAGUUUCCCUGAGCUAAACAAAAGCUUGGAACAGUUUAGGGAAUUACACAGUUUUUAUAAGAUUGCAUUACAAAAGUCACUGGUCAGCAUUUUGCCAAAUAUUCGUAGUGGAGCAAUGGAGAACAAGGCACUGGGAGAUAUCCUGACCAACCAUGGCAUGACACCCUUCACUGCUACCAAUAUGAGCAAAUGGUUAGAUGACAUUACAACUCAAAUAAAUGUGCUGACUUCGUAUACCAGUGCACUGAAGGAUGUCACAUUUGUGUCGUCUGAAAGAUUAUUUAAUUCCAUUCUCUAUGAUCCUAAUGUUGAUUCAGUGGUUAGCUUGACAUUUACAUCUCUAAAGAGUGAGGACCCCUACCUUGUGGGUGUACGAAGCUUUGUAUAUUCUGAUGCACUGUCCAAUUUUGGAAAACCAAUUACUAAAGCUUUCUCAUACCCAACAACACAGCCUUGGUUCACAUCUCUUGAUAUUUCAUCAAGGAUGAGGCAGAAUCUUACUCUCUUUACAAGUUUUUUCAAGACCAAUAUAAAUAAUAGCAGAAUCAAGUUCAUCGUUGCUUCCAUAUCUGACCCCAGCAAUCCAGGAACCUCCAUCCGACUUUAUCAGAGCAGCACUCUGAUAGAUCCUAAGUUCCAGCCUGUAUCCAAGCCUGCUGCACCUGUGGUGGGGACCAGUGAUGGGAAACCCCUUGUAACGCUUUCAAAAUCUCCAACCGGAGAGACUCGACAGUUCAUAAUUGAGUACAGGGAUACUCAGCCAACUGAUUCAGCAAGUGAUCUCGCCAUGUGGAAAGUCAUCACGACUCCAGAUGCAAAUACCAGCUUUGCAUUUAGUGAUCUUAACCCAGUACAACAAUACUGGGUCCGAUACAGAGCUGUUGGCACUUUGGGAGUGAGUGAACCCAGUGACUAUCUUCAAUUCAGUUUUUCUGGGAUGGUCGAUUUCACAAUGAGCCAAUGGAACCUCUCCAUGCCUUCUCUGAUUAAUCAUAUAAGGACUAAAAUAAUGACCAAUAUGGGCUUGUCUCGAUGGUCUUCCUCUACUAUCAAGUCAGAGGUUUCAAAUAUUAUCAGCAAUCCUACUAUUGCUUACACUGGUCCGAUUACUGGAGGACUGAAAACCGGAAUGGCCAUGUAUUUCCAAGGCACUGCUCUUAAAACAGGAAAAUCGAUUUUUGUAGAUAAUUAA